GCGCGGUUUAGAGAGCCGGCACGCUCAUUGAUUUCGCAGCGAAUGAUUUCAGGCGACCGAUCCUUCGUCUUUUCGGCGCGAUUUACGACGAUGAUAUUACGCGAUCCGAGACACGCAAAUAUUAUCUCGGCAGCAGCGGCGAAGUGAAUUGUGUGUGGCUGUGAAAAUGUGGGUUACGCGCGAUUAUUCGGUCGUCUAACUCGCCUCGGUAAUGUAAAGGAACAUGGAGGAACAAUCAGUGAUACAUCGCAGCGUGCUUCUGUCGCUGGUCACGUGGUUGACAAUUUUGUCGAUUGUGGGAUGUCAAAGCAUCUGUCCCACUAGAUGUUUAUGCUAUCUUAUCCGAAUGCCCCGCACUAUCGAAUGCUCGAGACAAGGAAUGCUAGUCUUUCCCGAAAAUAUUAGUGAUAUUGUCGAGCAUCUAGACUUGUCGGAUAAUCUCUUAACUGAGAUCACCGACGACAUUAAUCGACUGACCGAGCUGCAGUACCUGAAUCUGGCCAAGAAUCAGCUCAAUUUCCUGCCAAGUAAUCUGGAGGAAUUAAAAAAGCUCACCAGACUAGAUCUAUCGAACAACGCCAUCACAAACGUAGCAGACAUUGCUUCCAUUAGCCAGCUACCGACCCUGACAGUCCUAUACAUCUCAAGGAAUCCAUUACCUAACUUGAAAGGGCUAACCAGCGAGGUGCUUCAGGCGCUGGAUGCCGGCCAUUGCCUUAUAACCGAACUCGGCAAUCAGUCCUUGAGUGGAUUACCAGCUUUGACUAGUUUGAAUCUCGUGGGAAACCCGCUGAAAAAUAUUCAAACACCUGUCAGCGAGUCGCUGCGAUGGUUGGACAUGUCAGACUGUAUUUUGAACUAUCUGUAUCCAGAUACUUUCAGUCAAAUUCCGAAUCUAGAAGAAUUACGACUGACCAAUAAUCCCACGCUAGUGUACAGUACUCGACACGCGACCUUGCAGCAUCUCAAGCUGAAGAGACUGGACGUAUCGAGAUGCAACCUCGACAGACCCGGACUUCACGGCUUGCCGGCGUUAACGCAAGCUCGGCUUUCUCACAAUGCAAUUCGUUUAUUGCCAGAUCGCAUUUUCACUAGGAACAGACAACUAACGCACUUGUACCUGAACGCGAACAGUCUGGAACGAUUAAACGCCAGCACUUUUCAAGGUUUGAUGAAACUGCAAACGUUGGAUCUGUCCGCGAACAAUCUUGUGGAGGUUCACAAGCAAGCAUUCCAAAAUAACAUUAAUCUCAAGCUUGUGAAUCUUUCCUACAACUCUUUGCACCAAUUUCCGGAUUUGGCGGCGACUUUCCUCGCGACGCUGGACCUAUCGUUCAAUCUAAUUAACCGUCUCAAAGCAAAUUCUCUGGAGAAUCUGCCCAUGAUUGUAAAUCUGAACUUGAGGGAUAAUCAACUGCAAGCGUUACCACGCGGCUUACAAUCGACGACGUUAAAAGUGUUGAACGUGCAAAGAAACAGGCUCGUCGAAUUACAUAAUAGCAGCUUUUCUGAAUUGCCGUCAUUACAAAAGAUCGAUUUGUCAGGAAAUCGCUUGACAGAGGCGAUGGAUCCAGUCAUAUUUCGAAACAAUCCAGAUUUAGCCGUGAUUCGUUUAGAAGAUAAUCCAUGGCGAUGCGACUGCACGCAACUCUACGUCACUUUCGAAUUCUUGACGGAUCCUCCGGUCAAAACUACAGGAUCGAGUUUGAUCUGCCAGAGUCCGGCAAACGUUUCCGGCUAUUCGUGGGAAGUCGCGUGUUUCGAUGCCUGGAACGUAGACGUGUAUCAUAGCAAAGACAAAAUUUGGGGAAUGGUAAUCGUGAGCUUACUUAUUUUGGUCGUUCUAUGUGGCAGCGUAGUGUCAAUCAAGCACACCAUGAAGAUAAAAAGAAGAGUCGUCGAACAGAGACAGCAACUCGAGAUGGCAGAGAGGGAAAGAUUACGACUUUUGCACAGAAGAAUCACAACCGACCAGCGCAGAUGUACAUACAUAACAAUCUCAAAUCAACAACGUUUGGAAGAGGAGGAACUAGAAGAAUUGGAUCAUCCAUCGGAACCUAGAAUUAAUCCUCUGGAAUUAAUCGGACCACCUACUUACGAGGAAGCAGUCCAGAUGCCCAGACUCGUUCAUUCCAUGGACGCUUUAAACGAAAUCUCCGUCGACAAUAGUGCCUUGCGUGCUAUGAGUUCUGUGGAUAAUCUACGGAUAAAGAAAAAAAGAACGAGGAGGCCCAGAAAACGAACUCAAAGCGAGGACGAUCUACUGAGGCGGGAAGAACGUCGGCAGGAACGAAUCAGAAGAGAGAGAAAUAAUUCUAACAGCAACAUCGGCGAGCAGCCGCUGAACACGAAUUCCAGAAAUCCGAGAACUUCCUUGGCGCGCAGAUCCAGAAGGCACAGUGCCGUGGACGAGUCCAUCGAAUCCGGCAGCAGCAAGGACAGACCGAGACCGCAAACUCCUAACACAAAGAAGAAAAAGAGAAGACAAAUGAGUAGAAACGAGCACGUAACCGAUGACGAAGAUUCCGAUGUUCAGACAUUUAAUUCCAGCCGAUCUGUCGUCAUUAGAGAACUUCCACGAGAACCCAGAAGCGGCUUUAGAAAAUCAUUCAUAGAACGCGAAACUUAAAAUAUUUUAUCAAAACGAUUCCAAGCGUAUAUAAUUAAUUGUUUAAUACUUGCAAUAAAAAUUUAUGAAAAAAGUUGCGAGUUUUUAGCAUUCUCGAUGCAUUUAUCGAUUGUGUGCUGAGCAUUUACAUCCCAUAUUUGGCAAUAAAUGUGGCUCUCUAAUUUUCAAUUUUACUUCUUCGACGUGAAAAUUAUUUGACAAUGAUAGAAUCGCAUUUAGCGUCGAGCUAACAGGACGAACGCAAACCUACGAUAACACACGACUGAUUAAGUGAUAACAUUAUGACGACUCACUUAUUUCUCACGCUUGCGUUAAACUGGUUCUUUUCUAUGUUAAAUAUACACGUAUUAUCGCCUCGAAAGAGGUUAAUGGUCGAGCAAACGAAACCGGCGAAAGGUAUGAGAUUUGCUCUAUAAAAAGUCAAAAAUAAGAGCGUCUUGCUGGAACGCAUUAUUUUCCCUGUCGAGGUUUAAACUAUAAUGACGUUAAAAUUGCCGGUUCGGACAUAGCGAAGAGGUGCGCCGAUCUCGGAUUACGGUAAUUUUUUGUCAGCCUAAGGGAAAUUAGAAUAUUUCGAGGUCACAAUUAACUCAUCGUCUAUUAUGUGUAUCAUUUGCAAAAAUAAAAGAGGCGGCAGAUGCAUUACGCAUAGGCUGUAAAUGAUUGAGUCAUCAAAUAUUCAGCAAUAUGCAGUAAUACUCCAGCAAUUCGUUAUUAGAUCAUAGUUCUGCUUUCAGAUAAAAUGAAUGGCACUGUUUCUAGCGAUUAUCAAAAAAUAAAAAAUUAAAUAUUGAAAUAUUAAAAUUUGUAAGCAUAGGUUCUUAAGAUUUUUCUAUCAUAUAAAUAAUAUGGCGAAUUGAUCGCGAUUGUUAAUGCGGAAUAAUUUCUUAAAAUUUAA